AUGCUUCAGAGUACACAGUACUUUAAUCUUCCACAUGUUGAUGCCCACCCAAAGUGCAAGAGACUUACUGCCCAGUCCCAGCGUGACUAUGAAAAGAUCCAGAAGAGAAUAGUAAACAUGGGAUCAAAGGUUGACUUCGUGAACUCCUAUGUUGACAAGUUCUUUGGCACUCAUGUUAAUAUUGAAAUUUUAACAUCGAUUGCAAAGAUCGUUGAGCAGAAGUAUCAUGUUCCUCUUGAUAGACUUGCAAAGAGGAACCGCAAGGCUAUGCUAUGUUGGUAUGCUGAAAACUAG